CGCGCUGCCCGCCUUCUUGGGUGUGUCGUCUCGCGCCCCUAACAAAAGGCGUACCCAAGUGACUCGGGAAACCCCUCCCACGGGCCACGAGCAAGGACAUUUGGGUGGAAAAGGGGUACGAAGUGAAAAAGUUUCUACUCCAGAAGGGGGAGACGUACCGACAAAGGAGAAGGGAAGAAUGUUCCGUGGAUUGUUUAGAAAAUCGCCCAGGCCUUCUGGAGCACCGGACAGCCAGCCUAUUAACAGUGAUGAAACCUUCUCUGAGAGCAGAAACACAACGGACUUCGUCCAGUCCAGGAGCACCCCCACCAUUCCAAGUUCACUGGAAGAAGAGGGAAGUCGAGAGAGGUUGACGGUGUCAGAAGUUGAGAGGUCAACGGAGGAAGACUUAGUGGAGGAACCAGGCCACAAAAGUGAGCUGAGCCCCUUGGACAUGGAGGAGGACAAUGAAAACCUGCUGGACUGGUGGAGGACAGUGGAAGGAUGGGAAGAAUGGAAUGAGACAGUAAAUGUUCAAGACAAUGAAGAUGUGGCAGUGCAGGAGGCUGCAGAUCGUGUUUACAUGGCUGCCCGACUCUUCGUGAGCCUUCUAGAUCAACGGAAUGAGUCUCUGAAGGCACGUGUGGCAGAGCUGCGCACUGUGGCGGAUGCAGCUGACAGCUUCCACAAGCGCACAGUGGCAGCUAGUGUGGGUGGUGGUGUGGCCAGUGUUGCUGGCAGUGUGACCACCAUCACUGGGCUUAUUCUCGCCCCCUUCACCUUUGGCACCUCCCUCAUUGUUACAGGAGUGGGAAUUGGUGUGGCCACUGCUGGUGGCCUCACCACUGCCUCUGCCAACAUCACAGACACAGUCCAUUCCAAGUUGGACCGCAAGAAAGUAGAGAAGAUGAUCCAAGGCUACCAAGAGGACAUGCAGGACAUCAAAGAGUGUUUAGAGUUUGUACAAGAGGGGAUGAAUGUGCUGCAGAAGUGGAACUUUGAGGAGUACACAGAGAGUCUGUCACGACACGCACUGAACCAGAAUGUCAAGCAUGUGAUAAAAGAGGGUGGUAGAGCGGGCAAGGCCCUGGUGAUCAACACAGAGAACCUUGUGAGCACCGUGCAGGUGUUCAGUGCAGCUGGUGGUGCUGCCAGGGCUGCUCAGGCCAUCAGUGUAACCACAGGGGUCAUGUCUGCACUCUUCCUUGCCCUUGAUAUCUUCUUCCUUGCCAAGAACUCCCAUGAGCUGCGUGCGGGUGCCAAGACCAAGUUUGCUGCCAAGAUCAGGGAAGUGUGUGAGGAGCUGGAUGAGGGACUAGUGGAGUUGAACCAGAUCAAAGCAGAGCUGCAGAAGACCAUGGAAGGAGCAGAGUUGGAGUGCGACAAAGAUGAAGAAGUAGAGUUCCUGGAGUAUGAUGCGAUGGAGAUGGCCAUCCUGGAGAAGGAACUCGACCAGUUGGAAAAUGAAGUGGACCAGAGAGCCGAGAAAAAACAGGACAGGGAGACUUUUAGUAAGAAAAACAAAGAGGGAAAGCAGGGAAGUGAAGAUGUAUGGGAAACAAAGAACAAAAAAGAGAGAGGAGUCAGAGAAACCAAUGAGACGGAAAUGCAGAAUGAGGAAAUGGCAAGGGUAUCCGUUAAGAGUGGCGCAACUGGUAUGCAAGAAGUUGCGGAUGAAAAGAGAAAAGAAGCCAAGGAGAUGUGUGAGAAGGCUGGAGCUGGGCGGCCUCGAACUAAGGCCUUCCUCCAUGUCCCAGAUGGUGCACAGGAAGAGGAAAGUGCUUACACAGAGCACCAACAACCCAUGGAUCAUUUUAGGAAACCUAUCACCCUACACUGAGGUUCUCCAUCUAAACAGUGUAACAAAGGACCAGAAACCUGCACUCCUCCCCCCACCCAAUAUCAAGACUUUCCUCCUGAAGCAGUACCGGAGCACAGCACCAUUCCACUAUAGUUCACCUGGGAAAACAUACCUUCAACUUGGAGAAGUUCCUCUUAACUCAGUUAUACUCGCUGCUCACUUAGUUUCUGUCCGAAGGACAGCUUGGUGAAUAGUUUUUGGUGAGAAAGACUCAGAGAUUUGUUACAUUUCACAUAUAAGGACAGCCAAGCCUGUACCCUGCUUACAUGCUUAGUGCCCGGUACUUCUUGGAAAGGCUCUGGGCUAUUGCAACCGUGACUCGGAUGAGCAGUGAGUGAGUCAACGCGUAUUCUGUCAAACAUAGUGUUCUUUUAUGCUCCAAGUUUUUUUUUAAAUAUAUGUUUCAUUAUAAGGGGGUGGAGGGGGGUGCGGUGGCG